CAGUGUUUAUCGAUGCAGUGUUUAUACAGCGUUCAAACACACGACGCGUAUAUGAAUAUGUGAGGUGUUUGUUGUGUUCCUUUUAAAAACGUUUAAAACCACAAUUAACUUUCACUUCUGGGGAAAACUGGACCUUUAAUUAUGUGAUAUUUUAUCACUUUAACUUUUAUUAUUAUAGUGUUUUUUCUUUCUUCUAAUAUUCUGGUUUUAGGUUUGUAUGAAAAUAAAAUAAAGUGUUUAGUCCUGUAUUUUAAAAAUUGAAGUUUUACUCUUUUGUUCCAAUUUUUAUAUAAAAGCCUUUUUGAAUUCUGUACUCAUAUUUUGGGGGAAAUAUUUUUCACUUCAAGAAGAAUAUAAUUAGACUAUUUCAAAACUAAAACCUACACACUGUUUCAUGAUGUCCCACUUUUUCUGCCCUGGAAUCCACACAGGAGGACAGAUCUGAGGACUCGGGUCUGCGUCUCUGUAGUUUUUUGGGGUUUAGGGGACAAAUACAAUAUCAUACUAUUUUCUUUUCUCUUUUUUCUCUUGUUUUCCAAGCUGCUCUGCCAACUGUUCCUCCCUCUGGCUCUUUAUCCACUCUACUAGAAACCAGUGUGCCGUGAAGAAGCCGGUGCGCCACGCACUCCUCCUCUCCUCUCCUCUCCUUUCCUCAUUUCCUUCCCUCUCCGCCAAAGUGAUCAUCACAGUGGAAGAGGAAGAGGAAGAAGGGGAAAAACAGGGAGAGGAGGUGGGAAAAGGGGGUACAUCACAGUUGGAGCUCAGAUACAUUAAUCACAGGAGUUGUUCUUUAAACCUCUUCCUGUUUCUACUGAACCGAACGCAUCCAUUUGAAAGGAAGGGGGACGGAGCCUUAUCCAUACAAAUGUGGCACUGGAACUUUAACACAUACAUUUUGUGAUUGUACUUUUUUGAAAAGGAAACAAAGUGUUUGUUCGAAAUUUAACGUCCUGUGAAAGUAGAUGUUUCUGUCGUAAAUAAAUGGAUACAUGCUGUGCGUAAAGGACGCCUUUACGCGCGUGUUCCCAGACAAGAUUUUUGCGUGAAAACCUUCAGUCACGCUCAUGUUUUCCUUCCUGUUUCAAACUUAUGACAAAUGUUAACUAAUGAAAAAGGACUGGACUGAAUUUUUGGUCUCACGUCUGUUCAGCAGAAGGAGAGCAGGAAACCGAGCCAUGCCGUGCGCCCGCGAGCCAGCGAGCCAGCGAGCCGACCUGUGCGUAAAGACGGACUGGGGGCAGACGCUUGGUCCCGAUUAACCCACAGUAACGCACACACGCACACACCGAGCCGGAACACGGAGGGAGGAUGACUGUGCGUAAAAAUAAGGUUUUACGCAUAUGCGUAAAAAUGAUAAAUGGCCACAGAUUUACAGGAUCCUCCUCAUCCUCCUCAUCCUCAUCAUUACUGUGGUCACGCGGAGGCAAAAGCUGUGGAACAAGAACACGAGCCUUUGAUUCUGAUUUUUUUUUCUUCCUCUGAAAAUCAACCGUGUCGGGUUUUUUUUUUCUUUCGCAUACGCGGAGCUUCUGCCGCUCACUACCGCCACCGCUGCCGCGUCUGUCCGGGAGAGAGACACCGACAGAGACAGCAGCCAGCACCGGGAGAGAGAGAGAGAGAGAGACAGGCAGUGACUGCCGCGCUUCCUUCCAUCUUCUCCUCUUUUAUUCAUCCACUCUGUGGCUCUUCCUCGCGUUUGAUUUCUUCUCCAAAGCUGCCGCCGCCGCCGCCUCCUCCGCCUCCCUCCACCCUCCACCCUCACCUCUCUAUGUGGGAGCCGUGAGCGCGCACCCACUGGGGGGCAAAACUGUGCAUCAAAGCUCCGCGGAUUCCCCCGGACCCGCCGGAUCAGCGGCGCCGGCGACAGCAGCCCACGAUGCCGCGGAGGAAGCAGCAAGCGCCGCGGCGCGCCUCAGCGUACGUCCCCGAAGACGAGAAGGAAGCAGCACUCAUGGACGAGGACCUGGACGGAGACGACUCUGCACAGGAAGGCGAUGAACCAGCAGCCAAGUUCCUCUGUCAGGACAAGGACUACCUUCUGAAGGACAGACCAGGAUCCACCGGCUUCCACGACUCCCCCAGUGCUGCGGAUUUUUCCGGUCAAGAACUGGACAGCGAGUCUCAUGUGAGCGAAUCCAGUGACAGAAUGUCAGACUUUGAGAGUUCGUCACUUAAGAACGAGGACGAUGUCCUCCUCUCUAAAGAUCCCCCAAACGCUCUGUCCCUGUCUUCCCCGUCCGUCCUCAUGGCCGCUGUCAAUGCCACCGCGGCAGUCAGUGGAGAUGAGGCCAUGUUAGCCACGACAGGAUCCGUGGCGGACAGCCUGGAAAAGAUGAAGGCUAUUUACACCUCUUUCUUGACCAACUCCUAUUGGUCCACACUGAAUCUGAACCUGAGCCAGCCCCCUGCAGAAAAACCCCCGCGCAGUCACAGCAGCAGCAGCAGUAGCAGCAGCAGCAGUAGCUGUGGGAGUGGCGGCUACGACUGGCACCAGACAGCGAUGGCUAAAUCCCUGCAGCACGCCUCGCAGAACCACCACCACAACAGACUGGGCCUGGUUCAGCACCCCACGGUGGCUGUGUCCACAGCCUCCAUAGAACCGAACCUCUUCAGCACUGUCCAGCUGUACCGACAGAGCUCCAAGCUCUACGGCUCCAUAUUCACGGGCGCCAGCAAAUUCCGCUGUAAGGACUGCAGUGCAGCCUACGACACGCUGGUGGAGCUCACGGUGCACAUGAACGAGACGGGCCACUACCGCGACGAUAACCACGAGACGGACAGCACGGGUGCUAAGCGGUGGUCCAAACCCAGAAAGCGUUCCUUGCUGGAGAUGGAGGGGAAGGAGGACGCACAGAAAGUGCUGAAGUGCAUGUACUGUGGGCACUCGUUUGAAUCCCUUCAGGACUUAAGUGUCCACAUGAUCAAGACGAAACAUUACCAGAAAGUGCCUCUGAAAGAGCCGGUUACACCCAUGGCAGCUAAGAUUAUCUCCACGGCUCGAAAGAGAGCCCCCAUUGAACUGGACAUCCCUAGCUCGCCGGACUCUAAUGGAGGGACCACACCUAAGCCAAUGUCCCUCACCGACUCUAAUGACAUUCUCCAGAAGGUUGCUAACCCUUACAUCACACCAAACAACCGCUAUGGACACCAGAAUGGUGCCAGCUAUGCCUGGCAGUUUGAAUCCAGAAAGUCACAGAUCCUCAAAUGCAUGGAGUGCGGAAGCUCCCAUGACACGCUACAAGAGUUAACUGCUCACAUGAUGGUGACUGGACACUUUAUUAAAGUCACCAACUCCGCUAUCAAGAAAGGGAAGCCCAUUAUCGAGUCCCCCAUCUCAGUCCCAACAUCUAAUUCAACAAUUGAAGAAAAGUUCCAGUCUGUUCCUCUGGCUGCCACAACGUUCUCUCCUCCACCUGCUCCUGUGCCUCCUCCCACCAGCAUCUCCCCCAUUGCCAUGGCUGUGGAGAUAAAAAAGGAGGAAAAGGAGGAGGAAUGUACUAAAGAGCCCAUCGUCAACAACGGUAAUAUUCUUAGCAAGGAGAAGAAGGCGGGGGCUGAGGAGGAACCAGAUGAGAAGUUUGAUAUCUCUUCAAAAUACUCCUAUCUGACUGAAGAGGACCUGGACGCCAGUCCAAAAGGGGGUCUUGAUAUCCUCAAGUCGUUGGAGAACACGGUGACAUCAGCCAUUAACAAAGCCCAGAAUGGCGCUCCAAGCUGGGGUGGAUAUCCCAGCAUCCAUGCAGCCUAUCAGCUUCCAAACAUAAUGAAGCUCUCUCUGGGAAAUUCUGGGAAGAGCUCUCCCCUCAAAUACAUGUUCCCUCCAGGGGAGAUCCUCUCCCCGAGUGCCAAGAACCAGCCACUAAUCUCUCCUCCCAGCUGCCAGACAUCUCCUUUACCCAAAAACAACUUCCACGCCAUGGAGGAACUUGUCAAGAAAGUGACAGAGAAAGUGGCCAAGGUUGAGGAGAAGAUGAGAGAGCCCAGUGGGGUCGUGAGGGGAUCUCCUCUGAGACACGCCACGCCCUCACCUUGCAACAGUGAGGCGGGGGACUCUGCACGAGGAGAGUCUCCAAAAGCAAACCGAGCAGAGGGGUGUAAAACUCCUGAAAAUACAAACGGGGAGAAGGUUGUAGGAAAUGGAGCCAAUCACGGAGAAUCAAAUGGAGACAUUUCCAUAAAAGAGUCUGUGGAGAACGGAGUAGAGUCAUCGGCCGUGACUUCACCUCAGUCUUCCUCGUUAACGGGCAGCACUGCUAUCAUCACAGACCAUCCACCUCCAGAGCAGCCAUUCAUCAACCCUCUCAGCGCGCUGCAGUCUGUAAUGAACGUCCACCUGGGGAAGGCGGCAAAACCGGCCUUACCUUCCUUAGACCCCAUGAGCAUGCUGUUCAAGAUGAGCAACAGUCUGGCAGAGAAAGCAGCGGUGGCAGCUUCAACCCCACCAGCACAGACCAAAAAGCCCAGUAAUGAUCACUUGGAUCGCUACUUUUAUCAACAGCAUCUAAACAACGACCAGCCCAUCGAUCUCACCAAAGGCAAACACGCUGACAAAAACGGCAGCGGUGGUUCGACAACACUAUCUUCAGCUGCUUCCACCCCGUCCUCACUCCCUCCCCCGUCCACCGUCACCAUGACCAAAGCUUCAGCUGCAGUAGCCUCCUUCAUGUCCUCCUCCCCUUUGAGGGAAAACGCCCUGUCGGACAUCUCCGACAUGUUGAGGAACCUGACAGAAAGCCAUGCUCUCUCCAAGUCCUCCACGCCCACCAGCCUGUCCGAGCGCUCCGACAUCGAAGGUAUCACACAGGACGAUACGGAAGACGUCCUGCCCUCCCAGAAACGUAAAGGUCGCCAGUCAAACUGGAACCCUCAGCACCUUCUCAUCCUGCAGGCCCAGUUUGCGUCCAGUCUGAGACAAACAAAUGACGGCAAGUACAUCAUGUCAGACCUGAGCCCACAGGAGAGAAUGCACAUCUCUCGAUUCACUGGCCUCUCAAUGACCACGAUAUCCCACUGGUUGGCUAAUGUCAAGUACCAGCUAAGGAGAACGGGUGGCACCAAGUUCUUGAAAAACUUGGACUCGGGCCACCCGGUGUUCUUCUGCAGUGACUGCGCCUCGCAGAUCCGCUCGCCGUCCACCUACGUCAGCCACUUGGAAUCCCACUUGGGCUUCCGUCUGCGAGACUUGGCCAAGCUUUCCGGGGAGCAGCUGCUCAGCCAGAUUUCGCAGCACCAUCAACAGCAACGCCACACCAAAGGACUAUCUGAAAAGCUGCUCUCCAGUCUCCACUUGUCCACCCACCCUUUACCGUCCUCUCUACCCAUCUCCCUUGCAUCUUCCUUGACCACCUCCCUGUCCUCAACUAAAUCCCCACCGCCGUCCCCCGGCGACGACAACGACGACAGCGGGGCCACGUACCAGUGCAAGCUCUGCAACCGGACUUUUGCGAGCAAGCACGCUAUCAAGCUUCACCUGAGCAAGACUCACGGGAAGUCGCCCGAGGACCACCUCAUGUACGUGUGUGAGCCGGACAAACAGUAGCACCGGCUGGGGACAAAAACACGCUGCACUCUUUCGUAAUGGCUCACUGUCUUUUUGCUCUUUAUCCUUUUAUAGACUUUUCUUGGGAAGAAAAGAAAGGAUUCAUAAUGUGACGGAACUGCACAAAGAUGCCAUACAACUACUGCUUUACAUUUUUUGGCACAUGGUUUUCAAUUUUGUGUUUUUUUUUUCGUGUCAGUGUGAGGUCGACUCACUCUGGUCUAAACCACUUGGAUCUCCGACGAUCCGAGUGCGCGAAGUGAUCUCCUCGACAGGACCAGUGAACUUUUUCCGCUGUCGCUGAGAAGACGCAGUGAAUGAAGGUUUUAAAAAAAGAAAAAGAGAUUCUAAAAAUGAACUGUGUGUAUUUUGUGUACAUGGAAAUUAAGUUCCUUUUAUAUUUUGGCAUCACGGGGGUGUGAUACGCUGCAUGCAUAAAUGAAAACAGUUGAGUUGAACUUUUUCUAACUAAACCUGGUGCACUUUUCAUGAUUUUGUUUUUCCCUUUUCAUGUUUUCACUCUUCUGCUCGCUCUAUCGUUGUUUUGUUUUUUUUAUUAUUUCUAUUCGAACAUUUUCGUGCUGAGGUCAGCGUUUAAGAUUUAACCCUCUGAGUACGUCAAAGCACUUCUACACCUACGAUCCAAACACGAGAGACCGAAGAUUUGGGAUUGGGAAUAAGUGAAGCUAUUGUGAGAAUUCACAUGUCGGCGAUUCCUGUUUGAGCUGAAAGAGAAAAAGUUGUGGUGGUACGAGGUACUGACACAAAGUCGUAAAAUAUUACAAUGACACAAAACAAAUGUUUUAUCAGAGAUUGGAUUUAUAAAAACGAAUCAUUUUACUCUAGUGACGACCUCAUUUGUGGUGCAUCUGUCAAUUUAGUCAAUGGAUCUUUUGUGUUUGCAGAAGUGGUGAAAAUUUACGAGUUUCCUUGAAUGGAUCUCGUAGCUGCUGCUGGAGAAUUGGCAAAUAAUUCCAUCAAAUAAACAAAUGGAGUGCCCUUCCCUUGAAUAUAGUUAUUUAUUUUAUUAUUAAAUGAAGCUUUAAAUAGCUAAAAUACGUUGGUUUUUUUUUUACAGUGUGUCCCCUCUGGCAGCCGUGUAGCUUUGUGUCAGUGCCUCACACAACCACACUUCAAAAAGCUUGAACUAAUCUUUUCACACAUGUCUGGAAGACGCUCACAGGACUCGACACAAGCACAUUGUAGCAAUGUGGUCAAAAUGUGGUAUGAAGAAAAAAGAAAAAGGAAAAUCUUAAGUCUUUUACUUUGGUCGAUCAGGGACCUUUGUUCAUUCAGGUCUGUGUAAAAUAUGUAAAUAAAAACCUAUAAAAAAAAAAUAAUUCCUGUCUAAAUUAUGCAUCAUUUCUAUAUUUUUAAUUUAAAAGGAUUAUGACUAUCUGCUGGUGCACAGUAUAUGAGGACAUAAAUGAAAUUGUUUUGCACAAUAGUUUUAUAAAUGUGUUAUUUAAUCAAAAUGGGGGGAGAAAAAAACUGGUAAGGUAACAAAGGGAUGACGCCGGGUGAUUCUUUUCAUUCUGACUCGUGCUCAAAGGGUUAAAGACACUUCUGUUCAUGUGCCGCUGUAUGAACACUAAAAAGAUAUUAAAGGUUGUACAAAAAAAGAUGUUACUUUAUGAAGAUAUUUCACAUGUAAACUGUUAUUUAUAAGCACUCUUGGUUGUUUCAUAUUGGUGAAUGCCUUUUUGAUGAUGAUUCUUAUUAUUUGGUUUUGUAUUUUUUUUGUUUGUUUCUUUUUUUCCGUCUUAAUUGCUCUGCCAUGAUUCCACACUGCAGCUUUAUCUUUUACGGGAUAUGAAAGGUAACCAUGGUUACGCUAACCCCCUUGAGUGACAAGUCCUGCUACGUGUCUGGCAGUUCAUUUGCUGAAGUAAACUGACAGCUGCCAGUGUCGAGAAAUGUUUAAAAAAAAAAAACAAAAAAAAAAGAGGAAAAGAGAAAAAAAAUAAAAUCCUUAUGUGUAAAAUAUUGGCAUGUAAACAGCAGCACAGAUGGUGUGAUGCAUCCUGCGCUGUUUGUCUUUUUCAUUUGGUUCUUUGGUUUUUCUGUUGUUGUUGUUCUUGACAAUGAGCUCCCAUUAUAUGACUUCAUAUAACCUUGUUUUCUACUGCAGCAUUAAAAAAAGGAAACAGUUUUUUGCAAUAA